CGUCAGCCAAGGAACGAGGGGGCAACCCCUCCACUUCCACCAAAACAAAUAUGCCAAAAUCUAAAAAACUGCAAAAGCAAAUCGAAAAUAAAUUAGAAAAAUUAAGCCAGUUAUUAGAUUACCAAGAGGAAGCCCGAAUCAUUAACUCUAAUGACCCCGACACCUGA